AUGCUUUCGCCAGAGGCGUCAAUUGACGACCAAAUGCUAUGCGCUGGAAGCAAGACAGGUGGAAAAGGACCUUGCUCGGUACCUUUACGUAUAUGUAUAAACGCCUACGGCGAAAGUGAUUUUCAGGGUGACAGUGGCGGACCGUUGGUCUGUCCGGACGAAGAAGAUCGAUGGGUGGUGUACGGUGUGACUAGCUGGGGUGUUGGUUGUGCCCGGCAAGGGAAGCCAGGCGUAUUCACUAGCGUUUACCAUUUUUUACCUUGGCUGAUGAAUAACAUGUAA